ACACAACUAUUUAUGUGCUGGAAGAAAUGAUUGCAUAAUUGAUAAGAUUCGACGGAAGAAUUGUCCUGCCUGCAGACUUCAGAAGUGUCUUCAAGCUGGAAUGAAUUUAGGAGCUCGAAAGUCCAAGAAGUUGGGGAAGUUAAAAGGGAUUCACGAGGAACAGUCACAGCAGCCUCCACCUCCCCCACCACAGAGCCCAGAGGAAGGAACUACGUACAUCGCUCCUGCGCAAGAGCCGUCCGUCAACUCAGCGCUGGUUCCUCAACUCUCCACAAUUUCCCGAGCGCUCACACCUUCCCCUUCCAUGGUCCUUGAAACCAUCGAACCCGAGAUUGUGUAUGCAGGCUAUGACAACUCCAAACCAGAUACAGCCGAAAAUCUGCUCUCCACCCUAAACCGCUUAGCAGGCAAACAGAUGAUCCAAGUCGUGAAGUGGGCGAAGGUAAUUCCAGGAUUUAAAAACCUGCCUCUCGAGGACCAAAUUACCCUCAUCCAGUAUUCUUGGAUGUGUCUGUCAUCAUUUGCCUUGAGCUGGAGAUCGUACAAACAUACAAACAGCCAAUUUCUCUAUUUUGCACCAGACCUAGUCUUUAAUGAAGAGAAGAUGCACCAGUCUGCCAUGUAUGAGCUUUGCCAGGGGAUGCACCAGAUCAGCCUUCAGUUUGUCCGGCUGCAGCUCACCUUUGAGGAAUACACCGUAAUGAAAGUGUUGCUGCUGCUGAGCACAAUUCCAAAGGAUGGCCUCAAAAGCCAGGCUGCGUUUGAAGAAAUGAGGACAAAUUACAUCAAAGAACUGAGGAAGAUGGUAACAAAGUGUCCCAACAAUUCCGGGCAGAGCUGGCAGAGGUUCUACCAACUGACCAAGCUUCUGGACUCCAUGCAUGAUCUGGUGAGCGACUUGCUGGAAUUUUGCUUCUAUACCUUCCGGGAGUCCCAGGCCCUGAAAGUGGAGUUCCCAGCGAUGUUGGUGGAGAUCAUCAGCGACCAGCUGCCGAAGGUGGAGUCCGGGAACGCUAAGACCCUUUACUUUCACAGGAAGUGACGGGAGACAUCUCACCAGAAGAACUUUGCCUUAAGUUUCCCCGUGUUACUACACACCCACGAAGGACCCAAGAAAAUCAUAUUUUUGACACGUGAUGGUUGAUUCCCACUUGUUCAGCAGUUGCUCAAGUUGAAAAUCAUGUCAAGGGUUGGGAGGCAGGCGGGCAGGGUGACGUGGAUUUGGCGAGACCUGCAUAGUCUGAAAGGUUCUUCCCUCUCCAACCCCCCAGCACUUAGAAACACGUUCCUGUUCCUCUGGAUGAAAAGCCAUAUCUAGUCAAUAACUCUCUGAUUUUGAUAUUUUAACAGAUGGAAGUUUUAACUAUGACAUGUAGUUUCUGGGAUCGUUCGCUUGUUUUAAAAGGGUUCAAGGACUAA